AUUCUUAGAUGUUCUUAUUAAAUGAUUUGAAAUGGAAAGUUUUUUUCAAUUCUUAAUGGUUUCUCUUAUACCAUUCCAAAAUCUUGCAUCAGCACAAUCAUCAGCGAACAACAGCAACGAAGACAGUCCACCAUGUUUUCCAGCCUUGUGUUCUAAAACCCCCCAACAAGAACGCUGUUCGUGUCGCCCGGACUGCUAUCUCUACAAUGAAUGUUGUUCUGACAUGAGUAAUAACACCACUUCUGAACACAAACAACCCUAUCCAUCAACAUAUUACAGUUGUAGAAAUGCUAAUAGCUCUUAUUAUUAUCAGUUUGACCGCUGUCCUCCCAACCAUGAUAUUACGGAGUUUGUAAGCAACUGUGAAAAUCCUAACUCAGAGGAUCAACUGCAAAACAUACCUGCUUUUGGCAAAACAAGUAAAAAAUUAUAUAGGAACUUAUAUUGUGCUUUGUGUCAUGGAGAAGAAUUCAUUUUAUGGAAUCUCAGGUUUGACUGUCCUGAAAGUGGAAAUGUAAACCUUGAAAAGCUAUCAGAUUUUGUCGAAGAUCAUAACUGCAGGAAACAGUUAGAAAUUCCCUCGAAGGAUUUAGAUCAAUAUCUCUUUUCUUGCAAUCCAUAUAUUUCCAGCUGUCCUGAACAUAACAAUUAUACGAAGCUCGAAGUUGCAUGCGAAUAUGAGCCCAUGGCGUUAGUAAAAAGUGACUCAAAAUUAUUCAGAAACAGUCAUUGUGCUGUAUGUCAUGGACUUAAAGAAAUUUAUGAUUGGUGUAAAGAGAACAGAGGUACAAAUGAAAUGAAACAAAUGCCUUCAUUAAGUAUCCUUUUCGAUUAUCGCACCAAUGUGUUUGUAAUAUAUGAUAAGAAAUCCAGCAACCGAAAUGUUGGGAAAUUGCCCUCUUGCCUAAAAAACUCCGUCUUUGAUAUAAAUACACGGCAAUGUCGACAAGUUGUCUAUAAUUCUCCAUUAAACUGUACGGCAACAAGAUUAAGCAAAUCUGAGUAUUACAUCACUAGUGAUGGUCUUCUCUACUUAAAUAAUACCCAACGUUUUCUGAACCAAUCAGAAUUCAUUCAAGAUGCUGACGGUAUAAUAAGUAUCUGUAUAAAGAAUGGUGGCAAUGGUGUAUCAAAAUAUUCCAUUGCUGAGGGCUAUAUCACUUUAGUAGGACUAGUAAUCUCUAUUCCAGCUCUAGCAGUUACUAUUAUAGUCUAUCUCUGUAUACCUGAUCUUCAUACCUUACCAGGUAAAUUACUCAUUAGUCUUUUAUCAGCACUGUUUGUAGCUGAGCUUCUCUUUCUUAUUUCAUCACAAGUCACUAAAUCCACAGUGCUGUGUAAAUCUUUAGCUAUUAUGAUGCAUUAUUUGUUUCUAGCGACUUUCUUCUGGAUGAAUGUCAUGUCAUUUGAUGCUUGGUACACUUUCUCAGGAUUUAAACAACUUCGGAGUUCAGGAAAAAAUACUAAGAGACUUGUAUUGUAUUCUUUGUAUGGCUGGAUCUGUCCACUUGUAAUAGUAACAAUAUCACUGGUAUUUGAGUACACACCUGGAAAUCAUAUUUCUCCGGAAUAUGGAAAUGGUAUUUGCUGGAUUACAAACGGAAAUGGUCUGCUGUGGCUAUUUGCAACCCCUGUAUUGCUCCUUUUAUGUCUUAAUAUAUUGGCUUUUAUCCUCACCUCUAGAGGGCUAUAUAUGGCCAGGAAACUUUCAUCGAAAUAUUUACGUAAGCGUAAUAAAUUGGAAUUCCUCAUUUACAUAAAACUCUGCUUCGUCAUGGGACUAACAUGGAUAUUCGCAUUCUUCUAUGCAUUUACAAGAAUUGAUGAAUUUUCUUUAUUAUUUUGUAUUUUAAACUCAUUUACUGGACUGUUUAUUUGCCUCUCGUUCCUCUUCACGAAGAUCGUCUGCCGUAGACUACUGAAAAAAGUGCAUAAGUUUCAAAAACGCUCUCCCACCAAAUCUAUGGCUUUAUCUUCAACUUCCUCUAAAACACUAAUGACGGACACAUUUAGUCAGAUUCCUUAAGAUAGAGCAUAUAUUGUAUCUCUCUCUGAAAGAAACUGAUUACAUAUUUCAAUAUCAAGAUUCCUAAUUUUC